CUGUGGUCUGUGGCGAUAUACCAAGUUCGACAUUGACGCAUGACUUUCAUGUAACUUGUAAACGUAAAAGAAAAGAAAUUUCAAUAUUUUUGACAAAAAAGUGUUCGAACAACAAGUAAAAGUGUUUACUAAAGAAUAUGGCAAAAACGUAUGACUACUUGUUCAAAUUACUUUUGAUCGGGGACUCUGGAGUGGGCAAAACAUGUGUGUUAUUUCGAUUUUCCGAGGACGCAUUCAAUACAACUUUUAUUUCCACUAUAGGAAUUGACUUUAAAAUCAGAACUAUAGAUCUGGAUGGAAAGAAAAUUAAAUUACAGAUAUGGGACACAGCGGGACAAGAAAGGUUCCGGACAAUAACUACGGCAUAUUACCGUGGCGCAAUGGGUAUAAUGUUAGUGUAUGAUAUCACCAAUGAAAAGAGCUUUGAAAAUAUUAAGAAUUGGAUCAGAAACAUUGAAGAGAACGCCUCUGCUGAUGUAGAGAAGAUGUUGUUAGGGAACAAAUGUGAGCUCGAAGAAAAACGACAAGUCUCUAAAGAACGAGGUGAACAGUUGGCAAUUGAAUAUGGCAUCAAAUUUAUAGAAACAAGUGCCAAAGCAAGUAUCAGGGUAGAAGAUGCUUUCUUCACGUUAGCCAGGGACAUAAAGGCAAAAAUGGAAAAGAAACUGAAGGAAGCAAGUAAUCCUCCUAAGGGCCAUCAAUUGAGAGCCUCAGAACCGCAAAAGAAACCUACAAGUUGGUUGUCUCGAUGCAGCCUUCUCUGACCUUAUGCCGCUGUAGAUAUCACUGUCUUACUAGCUCUGCAAAUGUCUUAUGGAUAAUUUGCACUGCUAAGCGAAAGAAGUGAUUUGAGACGAUUCUGCUAUAUCAUUUUAAACAGAAACCCUAUUUUCCUUCUUUUGACGAAUAUAGGUCUUACAUUUUAUUUAAUUAUAGUAUUAUACCUCUUUGUCCAUUUCUCAAAUUUUAAUCAAUCGCAUAUUCUUAUUUAUAGACAGCAUUUUGUUAGAAAAUAAAACACGAUCAAGAUGUCCCUUUUUUGUAAUCUGGGGUAUUUGAUUACGUAUUUAGGACAACAAAACUGCUAUUAUUAUUUUUUGUUACAUCCUGUGAACUUGAAAUACUUAACUGCAAGAAACUGCAGGGAUUUGUUUUAGCAGUUAAUUGAAUUAUGUGAUAUUUCAGUUAUUAUUGUGAAGAAUCAGCCAAUGGAACUAAUAAAGCAUUAGUUUUA